AUUGUUGGGCAGAACGGGCUGCCACUGCGAAAACGAAAUUCCGUCGUCGUUGAAUGGGAUAUCGAAAACGAACUGAUUGUUCCGCGGGUUGUAGUGGAAGGUGUUUCAUACGCAUUGAAUCAUGUUGCUGGCAACCACACCCACGUAUCCCUGCUAAAGAAGCUAUCCAAAUCUUUGCCACUCCCAAAGCCAGUGAUUGUUGCCGGUAUGCCAAAGACUGGCACGACCACCAUCAAGUCCUUCUUCCAGCAAGCUGGCUAUCGAUCAUCGCAUUGGCGAUGUCAACCUCAGCUAACCGAUGGCAACGAAACUGCGGAGGAGGAGUUUUGCGGAACUUGUAUCCAGAAGGCUAUCAACCAAUCUCUCCCUCCUCUACAAACCUGCGGAGGAUACGAUGUGUGGGCACAAUUGGACUAUACUGUUCCAUCCGACAAUACUCUUCCUCAUGAUGACUGCAUCUUUCCUCAAGUCGUGUAUCUUGAAGAAAUUCAUCAGGAGUCUCCUCAUGCCACUUUUCUGCUAAACCGUCGAAGUAUGUCGCAUUGGUUUCGUUCCGUGGAUAAGUAUCAUCAUUUAGGCAACCGCCUAAUCCCAUGUCGGGGUAAAGGAGGAACACCAGUGUUGGAUCCCACAAAACAAGGACAAGAGGACAAGGACGCGUAUGAGGAUGCAAUCGUUGCAUGGAACCAAGAACACCAUGUCCAGGCAGUACGGGAAUUUGUGCAUCGACAUCCCAGUCACGCCUUGAUUGAAAUUGAUAUUGAAGCUCCAGCUACAGCAGAGUACAUGGCAAGUCUCUUUCAAACUACAGCCGAGUUCUGGGGGCACAAAAAUCAGCACAAGAGUGUGGAAGAAUCAAUGCCACAGAAGCAGCAAUGAAGCGGUAUCAUUUUAAUCACACUUAACUAAGAGUCAGGGCAUAAGGCAGUCUGGCAAUGUAAC